AUGUCACCCAAAUACGGCCACCUGUCACAAUCGCGUGCAUCGACCAGAGUCUCUCUGCGAUGGUUACCCGGGCCACCCUUUGAAAACACCGAAACGCUUGUUCUGAUGGUGGGAGAAUGGUACGUUGACUUGAGAGUUGACAAAGAAUCGGGUGCUCUUGGUUGGGCAAUCGCUGGCCAAUAUCUUCUGAAGGACACCAACCCGCGGAGGAUUGUCCUAACUCAUACCAUUGACUCACAUGGUAACUUCAAUGUGAGCGACCCUUGUCUUUUCAUACCGCUUCCCGACGGAUGUGACUUGGAGACGGGUGCAAUGCCUCGCCCUGAUAUGCCGGGAAACCCAGUUACCGAGUACGAAGAAACGACAUUGGCAUUCACGACGUUGAAAAGCCAAUUGCAUGGGAUGUUGGAAUCCGACGAUAAUGACCCGGCCCAUGAUUCCCAUCAAGGAACCAAGAUUUUCCUGGCUCGCAUUGAAGGAAGAUACUUGGCUUUGCAGCAGAUAUGCAUUCAUAAUAAGGGCCAGUCGGGCGAUCCAGAUAAGAUUAUCGGUGGUGAAGUGAGUGCAAAGUCAGAAGUGUUUGUUGAUGGUCAUUGGAGAGUGAAACACGUUGAGGCUCGAUCAUGUUGA